CUGAAGUAGUAUGAACGUUGUGCAGGUGUUUGUUCUUCGAAAAGUGGAUACAGAUCGUUUAACAAACGCUGCAUAAAGAUCAGCAAUGACUCUGUCGACUACCAGACUGCCAAAGCUAACUGUUUGUCGGAGAAGGCUCACCUGGUCAUCAUCAAGUCUCGUGACGUCGACGGGCCAGUACUUCGUGGUGUUAUGACAGCUACAAAAAUAACUUUGGUGUCCCAUUCCACCUUCCUCUUCUGGGUGGGCGCUGACGACAUGUCUACUAAAGGCAGCUUUGUUUGGAAUGACGGGAGUCCUUUGCUCACCUCCUCGUCACUUUGGUAUACAGGCGAGCCCAACAAUAUCGGGGGUAACGAGGACUGUGUGCAAAUGUACAUCAACAGCGAUGUUCUGGCCCUGAACGACAACAACUGUGGGAAGACGUUUAGAUAUAUUUGUGAAUAUGAACCGCUGGUAUUUUCUUCCUGCUUUGUGUGGUACUUCAGCAACUUUAGAUACACCAUUCAAAUCAGGUUUUCACAACUAGGUUACACUUCCCGCUUGCCCCAGGGGCUUGAGAGCUGUGAUGAGUCUGGAAAGGAAGAACACAUGGAUGAGGACUCAUACAGCGGUGACUCAUAUACAGCACCAAUGGCACUUGUCUAUGUUCUCUUUACUCUUAUCUUGGGAGCUCAUCGACUCCCGAGGUUAAGUGCGCAGGUUUUGGAAUCGAGAGGAGAACCCCCGGCAACUACCGACAGGAAGUUACUCGUUAACAAGAUGUUAUCAACAGGAAGUGACGCAGUGCGGCUGACGUGUGGACACUUCACGUCUCUGGGUUUCCCCGCUGUCUCUGCUGUUUGGAAGGAUCCCCAAGGCAAAAUAAUACCCAGCGAAGGAUUCAAAGAGCAGGUCUUCUACCUGGAUUUACCUUUGAGUAGUGCGGUGUCCGGCAACUACUGUUGUCACCUGGACUGUCGCGCCCACGAUUUUGCUGUCUGGACCGAGUCGCCACUCAGACAGUGGCGCGCCCGGUGCACGUGCCAGACGGACACUGUAGAGGAGGUCAGGAAGGUGGACUGUCCCUCUCUAGACAGCUUCUCUCACCUCCAGCAGCAAGUUCUGGACAUGGCGGCGUCACUGCGCGAGCUGCAAGAGUCUGAGAGUCAGAGCGGGGUGGCCACGAUAGCGCAACUGGUGCAGCGACAAGCCAAGUGUGACCAGCUCGACGUUUACAUGAGCAGAGUUGAGGACGUGGAGGACAAGCUAAGGAAAGGCCUAGAUGCUGCUAUGAACCACAGCACUGAUUUCGGACGUGAACUGGAGACAAGGCUGAUGAAUCUGCAGGAGAUAUUUCGUAACCAGGUUACUGAUGAUGUGGACAGACUAGAGUCCACCGCCAACAGUUCUCGGGAAGCACUUGAGACACGACUGGAGCAAAUGUCCAGGGCGAUGAACGACCAUCAGAAUCGAACUGACAAACACUAUGCCGACUUUGAAAAGGAAUCAAAGGAAACACUUGCUGAUCUGCAAACACAAAUGGAUAAUAAGUUGGCGAGGGUAGAGGGAAAACUUACCCUGAAGGUAUCAGAACUGGCUACCACCACUGCUGAAAACUUGACCCGCUCUGCCCAGGAUUUAUCCAGCCUCGAAGUAAGAUCUGCCAGUGAGAUGUCGGAACUGAAAAGCAAUUUAUCUACCAUUCAGGACACCUUAACAAGUCAUGUGACCAGCACUAGCCAGUUGCACGACAGUCUUCGUUCAGAUGUUGCCAAGUUGAUUCGGACGACGCAGUCACUCAAAAGUGGUGUUUGUUCUUCGAAAAGUGGAUACAGAUCGUUUAACGAACGCUGCAUAAAGGUCAGCAAUGACUCUGUCGACUACCAGACUGCCAAAGCUAACUGUUUGUAUGAGGAGGCUCACCUGGUCAUCCUCACGUCACGUGACGUCGACGGGCCGGUACUUCGUGGUGUCUUGACAGCUUCAGGAAUAACUUUGCCGUCCCCUCCCGCCUACCUCUUCUUCUGGGUGGGCGCAGACGACAUGUCUACUGAAGGCAGCUUUGUUUGGAAUGACGGGAGUCCUUUGCUCACCUCCUCGUCACUUUGGUAUACAGACGAACCCAAUAAUUCCGGGGAUAACGAGGACUGUGUGCAAAUGUACAUCAGCAACGAUGUUCUGGCCCUAAACGACAAUGUCUGUGGGAAUACGUUUAGAUAUAUUUGUGAAUAUAAACUGAGCGCGACAGUGUGCGAGUUGUCGUUUAAUCUGACAGACGCUUUGGGAGACCGCUCCAUGAAAAUCGCACGGACAUCGGUAACUCAUCCUACGGCAGGAAUGGGUGUGGUCUACAUGUUAUUAUCCUGUAUCUCGGGAGUCUCUCUACUACCCAGUUUGUACGGACAUGUACCUGAAGCAGAGGUAGGAGAAGCCGGUGUCCUCAUGCGGUGCAAGGGAAGCAAUCUGACACUAAACGAGCCAGACCUCGGAGUUACCGUUCUUCACGUUUUUGUCUCUCGCGGGGGAGAGUCGCUGGCAAGUUCGUCGGUACCGGCCACUGGGCAGUUCCAAGACCGACUGAUCGUGGAAGAUGAUGGAAGAGUCACUCUCAGCAGUCUGACUCCAGACGACCUCGGGAAAUAUCGUGUGGAGAUCCAACAGCCCGAAGACAGACAUAUCCAGCGCAGCCUGAGACUAGUGAUCAGCGAGCCUCCCGAAGCUACUGACGGGACCCUGGACGUUAACAAACUUUUGUCACCAACAAACAACUCUGUACGUCUGACAUGCGGCAACUUUACAUCUCUGGGAUUUCCCCGCGUGUCUGUUCUAUGGAAGGAUACACGUGGUAACAUAUUACCCAGUGACGGAUUCGAAGAGCAGGUCUUCUACCUGGAUUUACCUUUGAGUAGUGCGGUGUCCGGCGACUACUGUUGUCACCUGGACUGUCGCGCCCCCGACUUUUGCUGUCUGGACCCGCAGUCGCCACUCAGACAGUGCGCGCCGGUGCACGUGCAGACGGACACGGUAGAGGAGGUCAGGAAGGUGGACUGUCCCUCUCUAGACAGCUUCUCUCGCCUCCAGCAGCAAGUCCUUGACCUGGCGGCGUCACUGCGCGAGCUGCAAGAGUCUGAGAGUCAGAGCGGGGUGGCCACGAUAGCGCAACUGGUGCAGCGACAAGCCAAGUGCGACCAGCUCGACGUUUACAUGACCAGAGUUGAGGACCUGGAAAAGGAGACAAAGAAAAAAAUUGAUGAGCUUGAAACAACAAUGGGCGAUAAAUUAUCGACGAUAGAGAGAAAUGUCAGUCUACAACUUCUGGAUUUGACUACCAUCAUGCCUGAAGACUUGACAGAUUAUUAUCAGGCGCUGGCCAGCCUCGACCUGAAAACUACCGCUCAGAUCACGGCGCUUGAACAAAACGUGUCGGACAUUAAAGACGCCUUGACCAGUCACGUGACCAACAGUACCCAGUCUAUUGCCGAUGCUUGGUCAGACGUGGUAGCCUUGUUCAAAACGACAGAGUCACUCAAAGACAGCCUGUGUGUAUUUAAAACGGGUCACUCACUAACAAGUGGACGCUGCAUGAACGUCAGCGGGGUGGAGACAGACUACCAGACUGCCCAGGCCAACUGUGCGGCUGACGGGGGUCUCCUGCUGAUCCUCAAGUCACGUGACGUCGACGCGCCGGUACUUCGCGAUGUUUUGACAGCAGCAGGGAUAUUUCUUCGGUUCUCUAUCUUCUCGGUCUGGGUGGGCGCAGACGACAUCUCUACUGAAGGCAGCUUUGUUUGGAAUGACGGGAGUCCUUUGCUCACCUCCUCGUCACUUUGGAAUACAGGCGAGCCCAACAAUGUCGGGGGUAACGAGGACUGUGUGCAAAUGCACAUCAGCAGAGAUCUUCUGAUCCUCAACGACAACAACUGUGGGAAGAAGUUUAGAUAUAUUUGUGAAUAUUAAUCCUAGAGCUAGUCAACCCUGAAACUGGCAUCACAACCUUAAGUCAAACCUUAAUUAAACAUGUGAGCCAGUAAACUCCUUGUAUAAAGAAACAACUCGUUUCAAACAAACUCCGACAGUAUAAUUUGCACACACUUCAUGCUGCACUGAGUAUUUCUUCGCUUCAAAGGUCUCUGAAAUCGUUUAGAUGUUCGUAGCUUUCAUGUUCUUAGGAAAACUAGUUAAAGAUAAUUGCCGAGAGCUUUAUGUAACGUUUUGUUUUUCUUAACAUGAACAUAAAAACGGAGGAAAUACUGCAAAAUGUUUGUCUGUGUCCUCAAGUGUUCCAUUGUUAAUUAAUUAGUAAAUCCAGCAAGUCAAAACGGAACUUGAUUGAUUUAAGAACAUUCAUUCUAAAAAAGAUACCUGACAAUAUCUUGAAAACUGGUUAAUUUGUCUAAAAGUCAACCUAAAACAGAAGUACAGCUAGUACUUAUUAUUAUUAUUAGCUUAUUAUUACAGUUUUACUUUUUGUGACUUCUUAUGAAUGAACAAGACUAUUGAGUGCUUUUGUAUAAAGUAAAAUAAAUAAAUUGUAUUAGCACAGAAGGUGAA